AGCAUUUGCGUGUGCUAAUUCGCUGCCACCUGAUUCUUUGCAGGUCGAAGCGGCCACUGGGAACGGUACACUACUAGUUAUUCAGCAGCCUACUACGGUCCUUGUUCGUUCCAAGCAAGGCACUCAGGAAGAGCAACUCACUAGACAGUACUUCCAGUCGCUGCUGGCGUACUUCCGAAGAAGCUUUAAAACUGACGUCUUGAAAUUAGAGAAGCGGUGUCUCAACUGCCGGUCAUGCAACGGAUUGAAUGGCUUUCCCUUUUACGCACGGCAUUUGGAGACGACAGUAUCAGUAAGUCGACUCCAGUGGUACUUGGUGCGCCGGAGUAUGUGUUUGGACUCGCCGUCGAAGACGCUUUGCCAUCGUCUCGAGAAUUGGUUCACUACAUGCUCUUUCGCCUUGCACUUCUUCUGCUACCAUUGAAUUCUGACAGCCGCGUAAGGGAUAGCUUUGGUUCCAUUGGUUAUGCGAGCUUUCCAGAACUUCACCGCCCUCUUCGUCAAACAAAGGCUUGCCUUAGAAUUCUCGACCGUUUUGAACCCAAUAUACCUCUAUAUUUAUCACGGGGCUUCUCGGAGAGCGUCCUUGGUGGUCGAAAGUUCAUCCUGUGGCUUCUAGCUCGGCUUCGGGACGUCUUCCGCGAUCACGUACUCGGAAUUCACUCGUUCAGUAACACCCUCCGAGGCCGCCUCGUUACGGGACUCGACGCAAUCGAAUGGGAGCCACUGUUCCCGACCACGCUUUUGAACGACUCAGUACGAGUCCAGUACGCUCGCGAGGCCUACCAGAAUAGCAGCGUGUCUGCGUCCUCCACUAUGCAUCAGUGGCUAACAAGCUCGUCGCAACGCAGGCUUCCGUGGACGUGGCGGGGUGGCUUUCUGAGUAGCGAACCCAAGCUGUCUUAUCCAUACCAGAGACUAGAAAUACCGCCGGCCACGUUCAGCCUGAAUGUCUACAACGACACGACGACCGGGGCCCUUCAAAUCGCCAGGAUCGGGCCCCGGAUCUAUGGCCGUCUCUUCGAUGUGCUGCAUUCGUGGACGCUUGCGUUCGACCAGGGACGUAGACACCAGCGCAAGUUUGUAAGAAGUUUCGCCAGCGCGCGCAGCUGCCUCGCGCAGGACUACGACCACAUGUCCUGGCUACGCAAAACCCCGGGCCCUAGGAAUGGGAGCUGGCCACUGCAGGACCUGUGGGACGGGCUGGCCGUACCGCUAGCGUACGAGGCUUUCAUCUUUUACUUGCGCAAGACAGACACAUCGCUGCGCAUGGGCGCCAACAAAAAGGACGUACUGGACGCGCCACGGCUCUUCUUUGUGUACUACGCUUCCAGCCUCUGUGAGAACUUCACACCCAGGCUGAUGCGUUGGAACGCUGCCAACGGGCUCAAGAGCCCAGCCUGGUUCCGCGUCAACGGGCCUCUGCGCAACACGCCGCAGUUUGCCGAAGCUUUCCGCUGCAGACCGAAGUCUUUUAUGAACCCUGCACGAAAGUGUCUUAAAACUGGCCUGAACUAGCAUGUGCCCUGCGCCGCGCUGCAAUCCCACGCAUGACUCCUAUUGGUACUCUUGAAUACCAAUGCAACUAU